AUGCUGGAUGAUAAAGCGCCGAGAUCGAAGCUCGGUCCUGCGUCGAGAGGCUCGUCUUUUUAUAUCGAAAAUUUACUGAGGACCACAGACAGAGACGCUUCAGCCGAGGAGAGGGUGAAGAGCACGGGGUUCAAAGUUACCGUCCACAACCCGGCAGGCUGUCCGGGGCUGGAGACGCGAUGUCUGAAGGAUAGUGAUGCCCUGAUCUGGAGCGGGACGCCUCCCAAAACGACGUACUGCAGCCCAAGAAGUCCACCGUACAAGGCCAGCUUGUCAGACCCUCUGCCUAACAGCGACCGGGAAUCCCCGGCUUUAACUGUGCACGGGGAGGAGGACGAGGAUGAGCCGGAGGAGAAGGGGGACGACAGCGUGACGGAUGACAGGAGGCAGGACGACGCGCGCUCCUCCUGCUACUCUCAAGAGGACGGCUCUGAGUCAGGUGACUCCAAAGUGGCGCGAAAGAAGAAGACCCGCACCGUGUUCAGCCGGAGUCAGGUGUUCCAGCUGGAGUCCACUUUCGACCUGAAACGUUAUCUGAGCAGCUCGGAAAGAGCUGGGCUGGCCGCUUCGCUGCAGCUCACCGAGACGCAGGUGAAGAUCUGGUUUCAGAACCGCAGGAACAAGUGGAAGAGGCAGGUAGCCGCAGACAUGGAGGCCAGCAGCCUGACUUUACCCUACCCAACCCAGAGAGUCGUCAGAGUCCCCGUGCUGUAUCGCGAGAAUGCCACCUCCAGCUUGCAUCAAGUGUCGCCACCGGUGGUCGGCUUCUCCACUUCUAUCAACUAUCCAUUGACUGCACACUUCACCCACCCACUGUCAUUCAUAACACCACAGAUGACUGGACUAGUGUGA